AUGCCCCAGUCGCAGUAUCACCCUCUGCAGUUCAACCCCCAGACGAAGGAGCCUUUCCUCCGACUCCCCAGCCCUCAUGAACACAUAAUCUUGACGCCUCCGCGUACCUCCGAUGGACCCGCGAUCUUCUCCCACAUGAGCGAUCCUCGCGUUUAUAGCUGGCUUGAAGGGCCACCAUUCCCCUACCGCCCCGAGCACGCCGAGCAGUGGAUCAGCAUGAUCAAGAAAGACGCGGAUGCCGCUUUGGAAGUCCUCCGUAUCGCAAGCGAAGCUGAUCCAGACGCGCCGCCGGUGUUGGUAUCGGCAUGUCCGGUACGCUGCAUCCGAGAGGUUCGCGACGACGGUAGCGAUAUCUUCUUGGGCGACAUCGCGAUCUUGCGUGAACGUUGGCCGGACGAGUCAGAUGAAGACGCGCAAAAGGCCUUGAAGGACCCCAACUACGAGAGACCACUGGGUGACCCUGAGAUCGUAUGGUGUUUUGGAGACUACAUCGCCGCCUCUCACCAGGGGCGAGGAAUCAUGAGCGUGGCCAUUAGAACAUUGAUUCACGAAUGGGCCGUACCUCGCAUGGGAGUGCGGCAGAUUCGCGUUGAGACGUUCGAAGAGAAUCUUGGGAGCCGUCGCGUCUUCGAGAAGAACGGAUUUGUGUACGAGAAGACAACACCGAUGGAGAGAAAACUAGAAUCGGGCCGCCUUGUUAAAGGCAUGCACAUCCUCUGGUGGAAGGCGCAAUGA